UAUCCCAACAUCCAUGGCUGGCGCUGUAGAAGUUCCCGGCAAGAUGCUUGCUCUCAUGAAGAGAGAGGCCGGAGAGUCGUUCAAAAUUGAGACUAUUCCCGUGCCAAACCCUCAGGGAGACGAAGUCUUAAUCAAAGUGGACGCAAACGCAAUUUGCGGCUCUGAUAUCAAUUUGUACAGGUGGAACGAGAUCGCCAGGGUGAUCGCAGCCCUGCCCUUCACCCCUGGCCACGAGACAACGGGUACUGUGGUUAGAUGCGGCCCAGAGGCUACGAUUAAAGAGGGCCAGAGGGUGUGCGUGGAAAAUCAUUAUUUCUGUGGAAAAUGUUAUCAGUGCGAACACCAGAAUUUUUCGAUUUGUCGGAAUAUGAACCAGUAUGGCCACGGGAAGGGGACUCCACACGGGGGCUGCUCUGAGUACAGCAUUGUGCCUUCUAAAUACUGUUAUCAGUUAAAGACAAACAUCAGUCCGGCCGAGGCAGCUUGUCUUGAACCAAUGGGCGUGGCACAUAAUGCCAUAGAGAGGUUGGAGGUUGAAGACGAAGAUGUUUUGGUCAUCGGUUGCGGUCCAAUAGGCGUAUUGGUUAUAGCUGUAGCUAAAGCCAUGGGGGCAAGAAGGGUGUUUGGUGCCGAUAUAAAUCCCCGUCAACUUGACCUAGCAAAACAAAUGGGAGCUGAUGACGUCAUAAAUACUUCAGAACAUAAUUUACGGGACGUCAUCAUGGAAAAAACUAACGGUAACGGUAUAGGAAGAAUAUGUGAAUGCAGCGGUGCUCCUCCCGCAGUGAACACGCUCUGGACCUCUCUUAGGAAGGGUGGAAAUGUGGUACUAAUAGGACUGCCGAAACAACCUAUCCAUAUCGAGGACCCCCUGACCAAUGUUGUCUUCAAAGCCGUCCAGAUCAGGACUGUCCAUGGGCGGUCUUUUAAUGACUUUCGUCAUACUUGGGAGGAGUGUGAGCGCCUAGUAGCAGAGGGAAAGGUUAAGCUACGUGACGUCAUCACGCACGAGUUUCCUAUGUCCAAAUUCGAAGAUGCAUUUCAGACCCUGUUCAGUGGAAAAGCUUGCAAGAUUGUUAUUUACCCUCAGCAGUGAAAAUAAUUUAAAAAUGUAGUUUUGAAAGGAAAGGAUUGGGGAUAGAAAAUGAAGAGUUUUGUUAAUUUGGGCUUUGUACAUGAAACAUUUUAUUAUUAUUAUUGUUAUUGUCUUAGGGUUUCAAUAUUUUGUCUUUUGUAAAAUGUCUUUGUGCAGGUAAUUAAAGUUUUAUAUCUUUUUAGACCAGUUUGUACCUACUAGGGAUGAAAAGAGGAAAAAGUAGAAGCAGUUUAACGGUGUACAAUAUUAAUUAUGAAAAGCUGAAUAAGAUAUUUAAUAUUGAUGUUUUUAUAGUAUAACGCGAAUUACACUCUUCUAUACAAUGCGUUACAUAAAGUAGAAAUUAAAUUUAUGAAUUUGUAUUAAUUCAACAUUAAUCAGGCAAGUUAAUGAUGGUGUACAUAAACAACCUAAUAGUACCAUUUAAAUGAACUUUCAAUUUUAGUUAAUUUUUAUUAAGAUACUGGUUUGUACUUUUCUCUUAUGAUUGUGAUCAAAAGUUUUUAUGAUACCAUACAUACGUUUUGGCUGGACAUCUUUGAAAUUAACGGCGUUAUGAAAGUAAUAAAUGCGAAAUGUUACAUUUUACGUGAAAUUACAUUCUAUAUGAAUAUCAAAAGAUAUU